AUGUAUAUAACUGUAGGUGCAGAUGAUCUGGUCCUUAAAGCACAAGUCCUUGCUGGUGGCAGAGGAAAAGGUGUGUUUGAAGGAGGCUUACAUGGAGGAGUGAGGAUUGUAUUUAGGUAAUUGUUUUAGGUAAAUUGUUUGAAACUGUGUAUUAACUUUAAAGGAUUAGUAUCACACCAUGGUAUUAAUAUUGUGGGCUUUUGUUAUUGUUUCUAUGUUAUCCAAAUCAACAAAUAACAAUAAAAAUGUCUUGCUACAGUACAAUACUGUCACUACUAGGUACAUUUCUAAUGAGAAUCAGAUAAAAGAAGCAAAGAUUCUCAAGGGAUGGUUUAAAUAUCCGACAGAUUACAAAAAACAUUUCUAGACCUAUUGAUCUGCUCGGCCCAAAACAUUUCUAGACCUAUUGAUCUGCUCGGCCUAUAAAAUGGCCCCCAGCAGGAACUUGAGCCUGCAAGACCUUGGUGUGGCACUAAUUCAUUUGAGGCUACUUAGGACAAAAAUAUUUCAUCUCUGACUAGUACAUUUUUAAAAUUUAUCACAUCUAUGUAUUCAAGUCGGAAUUGUGUUUUUAUGGCUAUAGCUAAACAUAUGAAUUGCUUAUUGCUAUAAUAUUGCCAAAGAUUGAAUCCAUUUGGAUCCGUCAUGUUGUAGCCAGGGGUGGAAACAAUAUGCGAGCACUGCUCGCAGGAAAUAUGUUAAAUAGCUGCAGGAAAUUCGUUUGAAAGAGGUGUGCAAAUCUGAUCCGAAACUGAUCCAAAUUGAAUCCGAUCCGCAGUGGCGGAAAUUCACUUUCUCCGUUGUUGGGGCAAAGCCUCCUAAAUUUCCGACAAAACUGUCAAAUUUCCGACACCCCCCCCCCCCAUUUGCACUCAAAAAGACUGUUUUUAGCCCUCUUUUAGGUCAAAAUUUCCGAAAAUUAAUCAGUUUUCCGUGAAGGGGGGGGGGGGCGCCCCCCUGCCCCACCAAGAUUUCCGCCACUGCCGAUCCAAUCGGACUUGUUCGGAUUUCGGAACCAAAAUAUUCAUUUCGGAUCGGAUUGAUAAAGUUGUUUCGUAGUCGGAUUGGAUCGGAUCGGACUUCGAUAUCCCAAAUAAAAUGAAUUAAUUAUCCACGCAUUAUCGCAAGAAUUAAUUAUCCAUGCAUUUAUCAAAGAUUAUCGCAGUUGUCGCUGCAUUAUUCGUUUGAUAGUUCAAUUGGACGUCAAGUGCUUUGUCAGCUUCUUGACAUGUAUUUCUUGAUUUUAUAUUUAUUUGGUUAAAUAUUUCAACUUGAUUACUUGAAUGAGAAAUUUAUUUUAUUAAAGAAUUCUUCGGAUCGGAUCGGAUUGGAAUUAUUCUUUAUCAAAACUCGGAUUCGGAUUAGACAAUUUCGGAUCGGAUUUUAAACAUUAGGUAAUUGUCGGAUUAUAAACGUCCAAUCCGAUGCACACCUCUAGUUAACACCCAUGUCCCACUGUGGGCACAACAACAUAUGCUUGACAGACAUUAUUCCUUGAAUUUAAAACCAUGGUCAGCUAGAACAUUUAUAUAAUAUGUUUAUGCACAUGCAGAUUUAGCAAAAAAAUACACCGUUAAUUGGUCUGCAGGACAUUUUUGUCUCCAAGUUGUGCUCCAUGUUGUGCCAAUUUUUUAGGGGAUUUUUUUCUAGUUUAUAUACUCCAUGCUAUCAUACUGCAUCCACCGCAUCUACCACAUCCUUAUUUGUAAUCAUGAUAUAAACAUAAUUGGGUCGUUCCAGAAAAGAUCGAUACUCCCCCAUGGAAGAAAUUUCUGCCAUCCAGAGGGGGAGGGGAGAAAAAAUUGUUUCUGAUAAUAGUAAAUGUAUUAGGACAUCCGAAGAGGGUAGGGGGGUUAACUUUCUAUUUCCUCUGUGGGGAUGGUAUGGAUGUUUUCUGGAAUGACCCAUUUUAGCCUUUGCUGAAAAAUUUUGUGCCAUAGAUGCCAAGUAGUUGACUAUUUUUAAAUUUGUUUGUUAUAUGUUGUUGGUAGAUGCAAAUGAAAUAUGGAAUAUCCCAUCACUUGUCCAUUCAUUGUAGCUUCAGUUUCAUAAUAUUGAUUCAUGCUAUGGCUAGAUUUUGAGGUUGUCAUGCAAUUGUUUAACCUAUUGAGCCGAAGUGCGCCCCAGUGGGCCCUACUUCUUCAGGUGAUUUUACUCAUCAAUGGGGAAGCUCUGCAGCUUAAUGGCUUAAUAUAAUGCAAAUCUUAAAUUUGGUCAAACAGUGUUCCCUAUUCAUGAUAGUCUGCCACAUUUUUGAGAUCAGUGAGGAUGAACGGUGAACCAUAUCCCACGAUUAUUGACGAACUUUAGACUUUGCUAAUGCUUUCCUUUCCCUGGGGCUAAAUAGCCGUGCGGAAUUACAGUAGCACCCUCGCCCCGGGCUUAUGCCUGGAACAGCGCUCUGCACCAUUGGCUCGGGGAUAAAAUUUAUUGGAUGUCAGUGAUCGAACCUGGCCAUGGCAACAGUUGUACAUUUCGAAGAGGCGAAUAAAUAAAAUAAUAAAAAUAUGCACACAUGACCAGUUGCUACUGUAUGUCUCGCUUUUACUCUGCUGGGUGUACUCUUCUUCGAAAUACUGUUUUUGACUUCUGCAAAUAUUCUAUUCUGUCGCAGUCCAGAGGAAUGUAAGGAAUAUGCAGCGAGGAUGAUUGGAAAGAAACUAUUCACAAAGCAAACUGGAGAGAAAGGCAGACUUUGCAACAAGGUGAUUACAGUAAUGUUGCCUUUCAUUUUUUUACCGUACCCUCUAGUAGUACAGCAGGAAGCUAGUUUCUGAUAUUCUGCGUGGACCAAUGAAAGCAAAAGGUGUCCUGCAAAAGGUAUCCUGUAACCUUAAGACAGUUUCUUGUCAGGUCUCCGUACUAGAUUAAGUCUUGCUUAAGUUCGCUAUUGAAUACAUAAGGCAUAAAACCACGCCGGGACGUCCAGACUUCCACGCUAUCAAUUAAAUAAAUACCACCAAAUACUUGCAUGACGUGGGUACGGUAAGUAUUCUUUUAUUAAACUUAUACUGAAUAAAGAGAUACUGAUUAACAUUAUGCUCACCACAUAGGUCUUGAUUUGUGAGAGGUUAUAUUCCAGAAGAGAGUAUUAUUUUGCAAUAACGAUGGAAAGAUCUUUUAUGGUAAGAACAAAUACUAACAGCAUAAUACUGUAUGUCAGUUUAAACGAAUUUAAAUAUUAAGCAAUCUGUAUGAGCGUAUACAACGCGGUUGAGUAUAAUCAUUAUAAUACGUUUUUGUUGAUAUGUAUCAGUGAAUUAGAUAUCCCACGUUUGUGCAUACAUAGUAAUUAUGUGUGUCUAGAUCGGGCAAUACCGGCAGCUGAGUGGUUUGAGCGCUGGUACGAUAAACCAGAGACCUUGGGUUCGAUUCCCGGUUGGGAUACUCAGAAAAUAUUUUUCAGUAGAUGAUUUGACUCCAAGGGCAAACAACAAGUAAUAUUUUGACAAAAUUCACAAAAAUACUGUAGGCCCUAUUCAGCGAUAUAUACUCAGUAACACUCGUGGCUAAGAUUGCAUUCAGAACCACAUUUUUUUGUUUCCUGUUGCCAAAACAAUAAACGGACAAGAUCUAUUAACAUUUUAAACGAAUUUACCUCUAUUCUUUCUUACUUUAAUUACAUAAUUAUAUGAAAGUCUCUUAGUUGAAGCAAGGAAAGAGUUAAAUUUGUGCUUUUGGACGACAUCGAUAUCUAUAUUUCUCUUUCAACACAGUCCUAUUGUUACUGAAAAUCUAAACCUUAGUUAAAACAUUGAAAUCCUACUAUUUACAAAUAAAAAUUGGCGUUCUAUAUUAAUUUCGCUGUUAUCACAGCGUCGUCAGUAAUCCGCCUGACGAGGCUAUAUGAUAACAGCGAAAUUAAUAUAGAACGCCAAUUUUUAUUUGUAAAUAGUAGGAUUUCAAUGUUUUAACUAAGGUUUUAGAUAUUUUUAGUAACAAUAAGACUGUGUUGAAAGAGAAAUAUAGACAUUGAUGUCGUCCAAAACUCAAAAGCACAAAUUUGUUUUAAUUACAUUGCAUACAGUAUAUUGCUGUUGUAAAGUAUAAUCCAGUUUAAAAUAUCCUACUGUAAGUGAGCGAUAUUUCAUUUGUUUAGUAUUUAAUUAAUCAUGCUGGAUUUUGAGGGGAGGAGUGAAGAGAUGCGCACCUCCGCUGAUAUCGUUUUGCAACUACUCUGAGAAUUGUUCCAUCUCCGCUGAAAACUGAUGCCCCUCCCCUUGAUAUAUCAAAGUCAAAUUUAACAGUAACUUUAAUUAUUGUUAUUAAUUUUUUGUGUUGCUUAAGGUCUACACUUCAAAUGUAAUAAAUUAUGAAUAUCAUUCAUUUAUGUGUCCCUUUUAAACCUGUUUUCCACUUCAACUGUAUCGUACCGAAACGUACCGUACUGGCGGGCAUGCGUAGAUUGACGAUAUGUUGAUAAAUUCAUGUACUUCCGAGUGUAUUCGCGUACCAAAAUGAAUAGUUCGUCGCAAAUCAAUUUCUUGACAUACUACGGAAGCACUAACCAAGUUUUAAAUUUUUUGCUACUUUUCGGUAUGGUACGCUUGAAGUGGAAAACGGUCUAUAGUACACACUUUACUUUGUAGUCAUACAAUCAUAAUUCAUAAAUACAUUGACACGUAUAUACUGUACAUUACAUGUACUGUAUAUAGUCAUGUUGUCGACUUUAGAGGGGCACGUCGUGAACCCUAACAUGCCAGAGAGGGUGGGUCCAAAUGGCUGCACCAACCCUAGAAUGUGCCCGCCGCCUCUCCCAGCAUUUACACCACAAUCCAGCCUUGAUUUAAAAAUUCCUUGGAUUUAGUUACCAUUAUUGUUGUGCUUUUCUAACUACAAAUUACCGAAACCAGCACUCUAAAAUAUCACGUUUCUUCUAUUUCUAGGGUCCAGUACUUGUUGGAAGUCACCAAGGUGGAGUAGAUAUAGAGAAGGUUGCUGCGGAACAUCCAGAUGCCAUAUUUAAAGAACCCGUGGAUAUUAAUAAAGGUAAGACUGAUUUAGCCAAAACCUGUCUAUAGUAGAGUGUGUUUGUUACAACGUCCUUGCCCAUCGACCCAGGCUAUGAUGUCAGCAAUCGUUUAUGGUAGUUCGCCACAUCAAGCCAAGUCAUUUUUUUUUUCUUCAUCGCACAUUGAGCGAGGCAGAUUAUCUCAAAAAGUCUGUUUAAUGGUGUACCCAGAGUUGUCGUAUGACGAAGCAAUCAAACGUAGCAAACUGACAACACUUUCUGAAAGAAGGUCAAAAAAGGCUUGUGGAAAAUUAUUUUCACAAAUUGUUAUUGACUCGAUAACAAUCGCCUAGACAAUCGCCGGUUAUUACCAAAUAUUUCCUCCUUACCGCAGUCUUUGUUAAAUGUUUGCAUAAAAUGACAAAACCUCCAAAAUAUAAGUCUCCGAAAUGACUAGACAUAUCAUUUCAGAGAGUUUAAAUUUCAUAAUCUUCACAGAGAGACGUAAGCCCUCAGACAACCCCACACACACACACACACACACUACCACCACCAUGACUACCACAUAGCCGCCUACUUCUUUCAAAAAGCCUCCUACUCCAAAUUGGGUGCUCUAAUAAUAAAUUGUCUAGAUUGCUGCCAGCAAAAACACUAUCAAUACGUAUUCUUAAGGAAGAGUCGAACUUCCUAGUUCCCAAAAUUUGUACAGAACGUUUUAAGAACUCUUUAGUUACUGUACAGUAGUUACUUACAGUAUGAUACUUCUGUGUUUUAAGUUAUUCAACAAUUAUCACCAUUCAUAAUUCACUAUUGAAUGUAAAUUUCGGUUCGAUUAAACUGUUAAACCGUUUUUGGUUUGCAUUACACAAUUUUGUAGUGCAUCCAAUUCCGGCGCAGUAUGGGUGGUGAAGUUCAAUCGAAUAGUCCAGUUGCCCAGGGCCGGCAUAAUUUGGGCCGUGGGUGUUGUCAAGAGCGUUAUUUUUAUCGCACAAAGCAAAGCAAACGCAUUACUGUUGAAAAGUAACACAGGACUGGUAUGCUUCAAAUACCAUGGGCAUGACGACUAUGCUUGGUAUCUGCAAUCGUCGUUAAAUGAAAAAAAAACAUGCCAUACCACUUCCGCUUUAUUUGAAAUCCAGGAUGUAUAUCAUGACAUCGAAGGAACUAGGACUGCAAGUUCUAGCUAGAACAUUACUACGUUACCUAUUAGUUCAAGUAUGAAAAGCAUGUCACUGGCAGUAAGACAUGAAACGACUCAAGAGUAAUUCUCAAUAAUUUUUUCUGUGUUAAGCAUAUCAUAAUGGGAAGCGUAAUACGUAGUUAUGUGUAAUCUUAUUGUUACGGUACUUUAUUAGGGUUAGGUCUGGAGCAGGCCACAAAAUUUGCCAGAACAAUGGGUUUCUCUGAAAGCUGUGUACCGUCUGCUGCUGAUACAAUAAUGAAACUUUACCAAAUAUUUAUUGAGAGAGACGCCUUACUAAUCGAGAUCAAUCCUAUGGCUGAGGAUUCUCUUGGAAGAGGUACAGUAGAUUUGUGGCAAGAAAGCUAGACCUGUAGACUGUAGUUGUUCGCACUGAUUUAUUUGUCCAAUAAACUUUAUACCGUAUAUAUACUAGUUUAAUAAUAUAUUUAUCAUUUAUAAACCUGGAGCGAGGGGGAUUCGGCGUAAUGUUACCCGGAGUGAUGAUAUCCCCGAGGGAAAUAUCACUGAGGGUAAGAUUUCGCCGAAUCACCCGAGCGAAGGUCUAUAAAUGAUAUAUUAUAUCGAAAAUUAAGAAUAUAAAACUUUCCACAUACCUUCGUGAAUACGAUGUUUUGUAAUUCUUAUUAGCGCAAGUAGUUGUCAUUUUUCUUUCGAAUUACUGUAACUAUGUUGGAGAAUAUGAAUAGAAAAAUGAAUGCCUCAACUUGUAAUUGAGCAUGAAGUCGCUGGGCUAUUGAGAUACUCGAGUGUGGCCACUGUCUCAGAGACAAAAAAUAUUUACCAUCUACGAGAGAUAUCCAAUCGACAUAUGACGGACUUUACAGAUAUAUACCUAAUAGCUGUCAUCGAUGUGAAAACAACUAAUUAGAAACGUAAAACUUUAAUUUACAAUCACCAGCUUAUUUGCUUUUGGAUCCCAAUUUAUAUAGUUGUGUGUAUGGAUGCCAAACUUAAUUUUGACGACAACGCUGCAUUCCGUCAAGACGAUUUAUUUCAACAACGAGACUGGACUCAGGAGGAUGAAAGAGAAGUAGAAGCUGCAGCAUAUAAUCUCAAUUAUAUUGGCUUAGAUGGAAGUAUAGGCUGUCUAG